UCAACAAGCUAGCUACAUUCAUAAAAAGAAAAGAUACAUUCCAUAGAGAGAAACAUACACUGACAUCGUGUUGUAUGCGUCUAUACAAUAGCGCUUGCUUCAUGGCCCGUCGAUCGGGUCGCGGCGCCUGUAGAGAUUACUGUUAUCGGGAAAUUCGCCAUGAUCACUUUUUUAUCUCUUGAGAUGUAACUCUAGAGCACGUUUAACGGUUAACAGGCCAUUGAAGACGCUGGGUUUUAGUCCGAGACCGAACUUUGUGACCGCAAUGACAGCAUACAAUGCCCCGCAAACCUACAGGUGCGUGAGAUAAAUCUGCGAAUAGCCCAUGAGCUCAAGCAUUAGGCGUAAACGAGAACACAAGCCACUUCGUUUAGCGAUGAGCGGCGAAACUGGUUUGACUGUAGCCCUGCUGGUAUUAGCAUUUGGCCUGACAUCUUCUCAGCACACGCCUUGCGGAGAUGUCUGUCCCACUGGACCAAGACUGACCGGACCACGAUGGCCGGAAGACAUGACGCGAGAUGAAGGAUCACGUUUCCCAAAGGCUGCGCAUUAUUGGCCCUUCAAUGCCACAACGCCCUAUGAAACAAUGCUGGACGUCCGCGGCAGAAGUAAGACUUUGACAUACAACGGAGUGCGCACCACGUAUGCGGAGCAGUUGGGCCCCGUGUUGUCACUGGACGGAGUAGAUGACUGGAUAUUGAUUAGCGGUUUGAAGAGCAAGUGCAUUAAUGACCCGACGCUGUGCGAUGACGGACUGACUGUCGCGUUCUGGCUCAAGUACCAUGCAGGCGAGUUCAUUUUAUCUGGCGGUCGAUACACAGACCUUCAGCGUGGACCUGGCUUCCAGUUCCUAUGUCUAGACUGUUACAAAGCUCCUCAAAAUAACAAACCCAAGAACUUUGUGCUAAAUCUCACCACUCAGACCAAAGACUGGAAGAUCACGCUCGACUUCCUGCCAAAAGCAUGGUUACAUUUAGUAAUUACCUGGCAUGUGAACAAUGGUCUGAAACUUUACCAUAAUGCCAAACUAGUGGCAACGGAAGAAAAUUCAACAGACGUUAAAUGCCCGCCUCUCGAACCGCGAAACGAGAUUCUGACAGUGGGACGGCCAAACAGCCUGACAAAGCUCCAUAACUACGCGAGGCUUGACAUUGGACACUUGGUGAUUUGGACCCGCGAGCUUUCGCAUCAUGAAGUUGAAGUAGCCUUUCUAACAGUUCUCGCUAAGUCAACUAAAUCCCUCAUCUGCUGCCAUUUUAAGAAGGAGGAUCCCUGUGUGUCUAACCCAUGUCACGAGGGCGCCACGUGCCGCUUAUUAGACGAGAAGUAUGAAUGCAUUUGUCCGGACAUAUCCGUUAACCCUUGUCUGGAGCGGAUUGAAGGGAAUAUCAGCCAAGUGCUGGACUCGACAAGUGCGCUCUACACGACGCCAUACUUUAACAAUGACCUGCUCACAUACACACCAUCAGACACUACUCGAGGCAACGGAAUCAAGAAACUCAUCCAAAAUGGAGACUUAGAGUCGUCAGAUGCAGAACUUUUGCUAUCAAUUUACGCUACAUCUUUAGUCUUUAGACCGGGGACAUCAUUAGGACAGAGAUGGACUCCAACAUCAAAUGCAUUUCUGCAUAGUAUACCAACAUUGCUUUCUUUAUCGGGGGCUCUUGUCGACAAAUCUGCAACACGGACUUUAACGGCACAACCAUCUGAAACCUCUUGUAAAACCUCUCACACGCGAUCCUUUCCGAAUGUUGCAUUCUCUCCUUCCACAGGUACCCUGAGCAUGUCAGUUGUGCCGAGUAAAAUCCAGGGUCAGCGUGUACCCACCUUGCCGCCAGCUGAGCCUUACGCUUGUUCUACGGGCGGCGUCAAGUGCGUGUGCUAUAACUGCGCCUCAGAUACUAGCGGACUGCCGUGCUGCAUCGAGUUACUUGACCCUCGCGCUUUACAAGAAGGAGUCGCCCUCACAAUUGACUCAAUUAGUAUUAGAGAGUUUUUGGUGAUCGAGCCAAAGAUGAAGCAAGUCACACAGAAAGUGCUAGCGGACGCUUGUAGAACAAUUGAUUGCUUUUCAAGGUCUAAGCUGCUCACGAAAAGGCGACGUGACAUAGACGGUCACACGUUGAAGCCAAGUGUACCACCUUCAAGCCAAUCUUCGGACGUAGGAACAAGCACUAACUUAACAAUAGCUGUCAGUGUAGUGAUGUUUCAUAUUUCGCCAGAUGCGGCUUGGCAUAGCAGGGGCGGGUUGACCGCAGCAUUUUACGCAACUGUGACGUCCCACAUGGGAGCGAGCAACCGUACUAAAGUCGUUAACGGAGAAGUGCUGGCUGACCUCAUGAGCGAGAAGCGAGAGGCGCUCAACAAGCAACUUAACAUUUCCAUUGGGGUGAUCUCAACUUGGAACUCCACGCGAGACAUACGGAAGGAAAAUAUAGACCCAGAGUCCAGAAAGAAGGACGAAGUGCACAUAUCCCACGCUGUAGUCAUCACCAUCCUUGUGUCUGGCAUCAGCGGAUUUCUUGUGCUAACUCUUGUCGUCAUUUUCGUACUUGUGCGAUUCCAAAGGCGAAUAAAUGGUGAGUUUGUACCUCCUAAUAUCCAAAUAACUUGUGAUGAAGAUCAUGGCGACGACAGAGCCUUCCCACCGUUUGUCGAUCCUUCAUUACCGUGUAUCACAGAUGUGCCCAAAAAGCCAGCUACGACUAGCUGGCAAGAAGAAGAGAAUAAAGAACGAGAAGAAAAACGAAACAAAGAAAGCAAGAAAGAACACACUGAAGCUUGAUUGGAAUUGAACGCUAAUACGAACAUGCCGUCGUCGGCGUAGAUAUUAAGGUCCCUAUUAUGGUUGUUCCUUCCUUCCUUAAAAUUUUGCGCUUUACUGCGCCAACUAGAUUUCCGGCCUUCGGCCAGGAAAAGCUAAUCAAGACCAUCAUAGGAUAAUUAGGAAAUAAAUAGGAAAAUAAUUCAGGAAAAAAUGCUUAUCAAAAUAGCCUUAAUCAAAACCCUUUAAACCCACGGGUACCCUUUGGUCUGAGGUCAUUCAAUGUAAACGUAAAAAAGAAACAGCCUAGGAAAAAUACUAGGAAUAACAUUCUUAUCCAGGACAACAACCCAAACCAGGACUUACAGUAGCCCUACCCAGGACAUACAGUUGCCCUAUCCAGGACAUACAGUAGCCCUACCCAGGACAUAUAGUAGCCCUACCCAGGACAUACGGUAGCCCUACCCAGGGCAUACAGUAGCCCUACGCAGGACAUACAGUAGCCCUACCCAGGACAUAUAUUAGCCCUACCCAAGACAUAUAGCAGCCCUACCCAGGACAUACAGUAGCUCUACCCAGGACAUAUAGUAGCCCUACCCAGGACAUAUAUUAGCCCUACCCAGGACAUACAGUAGCCCUACCAGGACAUACGGUAGCCCUACCAAAGACAUAUAGUAGCCAUACCCAGGACAUAUAGUAGCCCUGCCCAGGACAUACAGUAGCCCUACCCAGGACAUACAGUAGCCCUAUCAGGACAAACGGUAGCCCUACAAAAGACAUAUAGUAGCCCUACCCAAGACAUAUAGUAGCCCUACCCAGGGCAUACAGUAGCCCUAUCCAGGACAUACAGUAGCCCCACCCAAGACAUAUAGUAGCCCUACCCAGGACAUACGGUAGCCCUACCCAGUAUAUGAUAACCGGUAUAGCAAACCUACCAAGUACAGUAACCCCACCCUGGACAUACAGUAGCCCUACCCAGGACAUACAGUAGCCCUACCCAGGACAUACGGUAACCCUACCCAGGACAUACGGUAACAAUACCCAGGACAUACGAUAACAAUACCCAGGACAUACGGUAACCAUACCCAGGACAUACGGUAACCAUACCCAGGACAUACGAUAACAAUACCCAGGACAUACGGUAACCCUACCAAGGACAUACGAUAACCCUACCCAAGAAAUACGAUAACCUACCAAGAACAUACGGUAACCCGACCCAGGACAUACGGUAACCAUACCCAGGACAUACGGUAGCUAUACCCAGGACAUACGAUAACAAUACCCAGGACAUACGGUAACCAUACCCAGGACAUACGAUAACAAUGAUACCAAACCUACCAAGGACAGUAACCCCACCCAGGACACACGGUAACCAUACCCAGGACAUACCGUAACCAUACCCAGGACAUACGGUAACCAUGACCAGGACAUACGGUAACAAUACCCAGGACAUACGGUAACCAUACCCAGGACAUACGAUAACAAUACCCAGGACAUACGGUAACCAAAACCAGGACAUACGGUAACCAUACCCAGGACAUACGGUAACCAUACCCAGGACAUACGGUAACCAUACCCAGGACAUACGAUAACAAUACAUAGGACAUACGAUAACAAUACCCAGGACAUACGGUAACCUACCAAGAACAUACGGUAGUCAUACCCAGGACAUACGGUAACCAUACCCCGGACAUACGGUAACCCUACCCAAGACAUACGGUAACCAUACCCAGGACAUACGGUAACCAUACCCAGGACAUACGGUAACCAUACCCAGGACAUACGAUAACAAUACCCAUGACAUACGGAAACCAUACCCAGGACAUACGGUAGCCCUACCCAGGACAUACGGUCAUAUCAACCCUACCCUGGACAUCAACCCCACCCUGGACAUCAACCCCACCCUGGACAUCAACCCUACCCUGGACAUCAACCCCACCCUGGACAUCAACCCUACCAUGGACAUCAACCCUACCAUGGACAUCAACCCCACCCUGGACAACAACCCCACCCUGGACAUCAACCCCACCCUGAACAUCAACCCUACCCUGGACAUCAACGCUACCCUGGACAUCAACCCAACCCUGGAAAUCAACCCUCUACCCUGGACAUCAACGGUACCAUGGACAUCAACUCCACCCUGGACAUCAACCCUCUAUCCUCGACAUCAACCCUCUAUCCUGGACAUUAACCCUCUACCCUAGACAUCAACCCCACCCUGGACAUCAACCCUACCCCGGACAUCUACCACACCCUGGACCCUACCCCAAAUCUACCCCACCCUGGACAUCAACCCUACCCUGGACAUCAACCCUACCCCGGACAUCUACCCCACCCUGGACAUCAACCCUACCCUGGACAUCAACCCCACCCUGGACAACAACCCUACCCUGGACAUCAACCCUACCCUGGACAUCAACCCUACCCUGGACAUCAACCCUACCCUGGACAUCAACCCUACCCUGGACAUCAACCCUACCCUGGACAUCAACCCUACCCUGGACAUCAACCCUACCCUGGACAUCAACCCUACCCUGGACAUCAACCCCACCCUGGAAAUCAAUGUUUGAUCAGAAAAUAUGCACAUCAUAGCUUUUAUAUUAGUGAAGAGAUGUAGGAGGAAGAUUUCGAUAAGAAAUGAGGCUAUGAUGAAUGAAAAUACUGCUCUUGCAUCCGUCGUCCUAUUUUAGCAAUAUCUUAUAUGCCCAGACAACAUCUAUCUAUCUGAAUUACAUGGCUAAGAUAUGUCAUAUCGAAAAACCUGGAAGCCGGAGGGCGAUACACCUUAAAACCGAAUUUGUAGUUCUGCGACAGCCAAUAAUUUGAAAUACAUUUCUCGUCUGGAAUUAUGACGAAGUCAAUCAUGCGACUUUGACCAAUCAAAUGCACUUGCUGUUUGCAGAUCAGUGGCUUAUCGAGCGACGUGAAAACAUAAAAGUAAAUGAUAGGUAUUUAGAUAGUUGAUUGACUUCGCACUAUUCCCAGACAAGGCAAACGAUGUUGAGUUUUCCUUGAUUGCGAAAGCUCCUCUGUGACUUGGCCUUCAGGCUUCCAUUAGAAGCACAGCACGGAAGCUUUUAGUACUUUGGCAACUCGACUUAUUUUAUUAAACUCUUGUUAUCUUAA